AUGGCAUCUUUUCCGCUGAGCGCACCACGACCUGCAGUAAAUACGUACCGAGCAUUUAGCACCGCAUCGUCUUCGAAUGACAAAAUCUCAUCGCGACCGAUAGCCUUGACGCGCUUUCGCAAUCAAACCGCCACCCGAUCACUACACAACGACAAUGGUAAUGAACGAUUAUCUGGCCCUCAAUACUCAAUAGCAGCGCUUCCGCAUCGCCGCCUCAUCUCCCUCGCUGGCCCCGAUACUGCGAAGUUCCUACAGGGGCUCAUUACGAACAACGUCGACCCAAGCCGUCAAUCGUCCUUCUACGCAGCCUUUCUCGACGCGCGCGGUAGAGUAUUGUGGGAUGUCUUUGUCUGGGUGUGGCCAAAGUUAGUGGCGGAGAAGGAACAUUGGGCAUGCUACAUUGAGGUCGAUGAGAGCGAGCUGGAGCCUCUGAAAAAGCAUUUGAAGAGGCAUAAACUCCGGAGUAAGGUGCAAGUUGAGGAUGUGGGUGCAGACAAGAUGCGCGUGUGGGCGGCUUGGGGCUCGGAAGUUGGGCAACCCAAAUCAGAAGGUCUGGUCGCUGAAAUGAGCGAUCCACGCGGCCCAGACAUGCGUCGUUAUCUCGUAGGCGAUGGUGCAUCGAUGAUAUUGGAUGGGGCUGCUAAGGCAGUGGAAGUACGGGAAUACCACCAUCAACGCUACAGAAAUGGCAUACCCGAAGGUCCGCAAGAGAUACCAAGAGAAAGCGCAUUGCCAAUGGAGUGUAACAUUGAUCUCUGGCAUGGUAUAGAUUUCAAGAAGGGCUGCUACGUUGGCCAGGAACUUACCAUUCGCACAAAACACACCGGCAUCGUACGGAAGCGUAUCUUACCUGUCCAUAUCGACAGCCUCAGCACACCAAAUACGCUACCGGAAUACGGAGCAGAUAUUAAGCAGCUAGAUGAAAGCGGUAACAUUAAAAAGGGGCGUGCAGCAGGCAAGUUCAUUGCGGGUAUUGGAGAAGUGGGUCUUGCACUGUGUCGAUUGGAAAACAUGACUAGUAUGAAGAUCAGUGCCGAGGGAGGGACGUGGAAGCCUGGAAUGGAGUUUGGAUGCGAGACAAAUGAGGGGGUUGUCAAAGUCAAACCCAUGCUUCAUGAUUGGUUUGUACUGAGGGAGAGGGAGCUGUGGGAUAAGAAUAGGCUGAGGCUAUAG